AUGGACGGCCCAUCCUCAGAGCAGCAACCGGAACUUCCAGCUAAUUUACAAGAAUCCGGGGACCUCCUAUACCAGCUUCCACCGCCGCGUGUACCGGCUAGUUUGCAGUUUGGAUCAGAUCCCUUUCCGCGGCAGAACAACAGCCCCCAAGGCAAAGACAGUGGACCACAGCACCAGAAGCCAGAGCAACUUCCAUCCGUGAGUCAAAUACUCACUCCAUCACCGGGUCCCAAUUCAUCACAAUACCCCCAACCAUUUGCAAGUUCAACACCCAGCACAGGGCGUCGUGAAGCUGCAUACCCGGCCCACUAUCACGAGCCGGCUUUCCAAGUUUCGCCAACCUCUGUACCCGAUAGAGGUCGUUCCGAAUCUCUGCCGCAACUGCAUACCGGCCUGCCUUCGUUGUCACAAGUGGCUCUGCAUGGUCACAGAGGUAUAAGAAACCACACACCAACAAGAAGUGAUCCAUCCUCUGCAUCUUUUUCACACGGCCAGCUACCCUUUCACACCACCUCCUCGCACGGCCAAGUACCAAGUGGGGAACUAUCAUCACCCGAAACUUCAAAUCGGUCAAACAACCUGCCCCUCCGGCCUCAUGUGAUAGACGAGCGAGUCAUUGAUGGUGAGCUCUGCUUCGUAUAUGCAGACGGAUCGUUCUGUCCUAAAUUCAUCGACGGCACACCAGUCAACGCAAAUUGGGGCGUAACGAAGGCUGGCAGGCCGAGAAAGCGUCUUGGACUUGCCUGUCUGACCUGCCGGGAGAAGAAGAUCAAGUGUAAUCCUAACCCAACCGCCGAGGCCAUGUGUGAUCAGUGCCGGAAAUCUGGACGUGAAUGCAGGUUCGAAAGUGCCCCGCGGGGGAACCGUUCGGUGAGAGGGUCAGCAGGGCCAUCUGGCAGACCCGAUCCCUAUGCUCCCGCUGGCCACGGUGCUUUGGACGCUUCUCUGUCACUUUAUGACAUGGCUCGAGCCUCGGACAGUGCGACCUCCCUUCCUGGGACUACCGGCCACUCACCGAUGUCAGAGGGCUCGAUGCUCACAUCCUCAGCGCAAGAAGCCACGUAUGAAACCAUGGCCGAGGCGGACAAAGCUUUAAGAUCCAGAUCCUACCGAUUUCCACCGUCAUUAUACGGCACAGAUGACACUUUUGGACGACCGUCAGCACCUAUCGAGUCUACUCGUACACCCGAGUACUCUGACAUUCUGGGGGAACUCAAGGACAACAACUCGGACGACCCACUCGCGGCAUCCUGGCGCCUGGACCCGUACGAAAACGACCCAGAGUCCGCUGUUCACUACACUGAGUGUUAUUUCCUGCACGUGAAUGACGGUUUGUACCACAUGUUCCCGCAUGAACGAUUCGGCUCGUGGUUGAAGACCUACCCCACCAAGUCUGCAGACGACAAGAUGCUCCUUUAUUCUAUGAUGGCUCUCGGAUCAGUGUUCUCAGACAGGCCAGACAAAAUGGCAGCUAUGAGACGAUAUUCUCGCAUAGCACGAUUUGCCAUUAACAGAAGCCAGCAUACACUCUCUUUGCAACUUGCUCAAAGCCAUAUCAUAAUGAGCCUUUGGUACUACGCUACAGGCUCGCUGGUCGGGUCUUGGGACUCGAUAGGCGCAGCGGGAAGAGCGGUCUUUGGGCUUCGUUACAACGUGGAAUCUGGCGGUGUUGUCGUGGAUCAAAGCCAAAUGUGUGACUACGGGUUACAUCCACAGGCCUUGAUUGAGUGCCGGCGGCGAACCUUUUGGAUUGCCUUUGUGCUUGAUCGUUUCUCGAGCCUCUAUUCCGCUUCGUCGACUUUCAUCUCGUCAGAUGCGGCCUUGCUGAGGCUCCCAUGCCGAGAAGAAAUCUAUGAGACUCAGCAGUACGCGACAGUCCCCUAUUUCCAAUCAUUCCUCAACCACAUCCCACCCUCCACAGGCGAUGAUCGCUCCACCCUGAGUCCAAUGGCCUUUUUGAUCGAGAUCAUGGCUAUUUGGGGAGACAUCUCCCUGCAUAUAACCCGGUUACCACACGUCCCCCCCGAAGCAUACAAUCGACUCACCGAAGAAUUCCACACCACCAUCGUCCAAAAGUCCAACCAAUGGAUGACUCAACUCCCCGACUUCCUGGUCUUCUCACCCAUAAACCUAGAACGAAGCAUCCGGCAAAGAAAAGCAGACACAUUCAUCUCAACCCAUCUGUUCUACCACGCCAGUUUGAUGAAACUAUACAGACACGCCCGCUAUCAGAGCCUCCGACCCGAAAUCCUAGGCCAGUACAUCCACCGCGCGCGAUACCACGCCGUGGAAAUCCUCCGCAUCUCACUUACCUUCGACCAAUACGCCAAGAAGGUCAUUCCUUCCCGGCACAGCACGGAGCCGUCUAUAUCCCAAUUCACCCUCUUGAACCCAUUCCUCGGGUACGUGAUUCUAUCAGCCGCGGACGUCCUCAGCUCCGCUGGUCUGGCGUCUCAAUUACACGAGUGCAUCUCUUAUAUUAGGGGUGCGCUAGACACUGUUCACGAACUCGGCCGCUACUGGGAUAGCUCUUUGCAGAUCGUCACCGUUCUCCACAGACGUCUGGGUCUGAUGAUGAACUGUCUGAAUGAGCGCAGCGUCUUCGCGGAGAAACAGGGCUUUGCUCUCGAUGGCCCGCCGCUUGAGACGAAGGUCCAUGCUGGCGCUUUGCAUUCUCAUCCGCCUGCAACAGUGGGUGAGGAUCUUUUUACUGGCUCUAUGCCUAGGGAGGUGCUUUUGAAUGCUCUACGGCUUGAUGAGACACUUAUCUCGGAGGGUGGUAUUGCUUGGAUUAGGGAUCCAUGA